AUGCAGCGGAGCCGGCGGCAAACCGGCUGGGCCGGAGGCUCGCGGCCCUGGGCGCGUCCAUCGCCCGGCGUCGGGGCGGCAGCGGCUCGGAGGGUGCCGCGGGCCCUGGCUGCCCUGUCAUUACACCGGGGCUCGGGAGGCGUUUGGGAGGGUGGGGACGGACUGGGUGGCACCGCGAGCCCCGGGCGGCGGCACCGCGAGCCCCGGGCGGCGUCCCCGCUCCGCCAUCGGGACGCGCCGGUGCCCGGCGGAGUCGGGGUUCUCCCGCCACAAGCACCCCUAGAGGGCUGGGGGCAAGAUCUGCCGGGGGAAACUGAGGCAGGGGGGAGGCUGAAGUUGGGAGAGCCUGGGGCCGUGGCUGUGCGCAGGGUAUCUGCCUACCCUUGCUGCCCACCGCUGCCCCCCACUCAAUGGGGGGGUUCCCUGCUGGCAGCCCCCCGAGCCGGCAUUAACCCAUUGGUCCCUGUGUGCUCUCAAGUCCCCCAGAGGACCUCCCCCACAGGCCCCAAGAACACCCCGAACCCAGCCCGCCUCGGCAACGUGCCCAGCGGCAUCCUACGGAAAAACUCGCCUGCCACCCGCAACGGCGGCACCGAGGCUGACGCGCAGAUCCUGGAGCUCAACCAGCAGCUGAUGGACCUGAAGCUGACAGUGGAUGGGCUGGAGAAGGAGCGAGAUUUCUACUUCAGCAAACUGCGGGACAUUGAGCUCAUCUGCCAAGAGCACGAGAACGAGAACAGCCCCAUCAUCACCGGCAUCGUCAGCGUCCUCUACGCCACGGAGGAGGGCUUUGCCCCACCAGAGGACGACGAGCUGGAGGAGCAGCCGCCAGAGGACCAGGACGAGUACUAGCCCCGGCCCGCGCCCGCGCCCCCCGCGCCGCCCCCACCAUAGACAUUGGAGGCCCGAGCCCGCGCCUCGCCCCGCACCGUCACACGCCAUCGCGGCCUCCGGCAGCUCCAGGGGACGCCACCAUCUCCAUAACCAGCCGACAUCCCUGGGCGAGGGGCGCGGCUGUGCCGGGGCCGGGCCGGGCUCCAGCGCCGUGCCGGGGCCUGGCCCGCGCCGCCCCCUCCCCAUAUUUAUUUCUGUUGUCCCCCGGUGUGAGCGAGUGCCACGUCCGCCCUGGCGCCCUGCGUGCCCGUGGUGAGAGUGAGGAGGAAGGCGAGUCCGCGGGGGCUGCCCGGGGUGCCACGUGCUGCUCGCCUUGCUGGGAGCCCCAGGACCCCCGUGGCAGAGCGAGCGCCGGCCUGGCAGCCUGUGGGAGCGGGAGGCCACGGAGCAGAGGAGGGAGAGGUUGGUUCAGGUUCCUGGGAAGGUGAAGAGGGAACCCCAGCCCGGUGCGGCCAUGGCAGCGGGAGGCAGCUGCAGCCGCGGGGGUCCCGGAGAGGGGGCCUGUCCUCAGCACGGCACGGAAUGGCAGUGGGCCCUCUCCUCUCGCCUGUGGCCCCCACGGAGCCGGGGCUGGGGUGGGUCACCGCGAGGGCUCGCAGAGCCCACCCGCCCUGGCUGCCACGUCCCUGUCGCAUCGCUUGUCUGGUCCGUCACUCCGGUCGCAACGCUGCAUCUGUGUUCGGUUUUAUUUAAAUAAACUCGUGUGGUAACACCG